GCGGGAUGCAGAGACGCCUAAGGAAUGUAAACGAGCCCGGAUUGCAGCGGAUCCGGGCUGGGUGGAGGAGGAGGAGGAUCGCCGGAGCGUGUGAAACUGGGAGAGCUCUUUCUGGCCUGCCUGCUUUGAGCUGUUCACAAUGCCUCUUGGGAAAGGCUGGAAGAAAACAGUCGAAGACAUUGCCAGUGUCUAUGACAUCAAAGAGAAGCUGGGCGCAGGGGCCUUUUCAGAAGUGGUCUUGGCCCAGGAACAUGGAUCUCAGCGCCUUGUAGCCCUCAAAUGUAUUCCUAAAAAAGCAUUGCGGGGUAAAGAAGCGGCUGUGGAGAAUGAAAUUGCUGUGCUCAAAAAGAUUCAACAUGAGAACAUUGUGGCUCUGGAAGAUAUUUAUGAGAGUCCCACUCAUUUGUACCUGGCCAUGCAGCUGGUGACAGGUGGAGAGCUCUUUGACCGCAUCAUUGAACGAGGCUAUUACACAGAAAAGGAUGCCAGCCAGCUCAUCCGACAGGUGCUGGAGGCUGUGAACUACCUCCAUGAUCUGGGAAUUGUUCAUCGGGAUCUCAAACCUGAAAAUCUCCUAUACGCCACACCAUUUGAGGAUGCCAAGAUUAUGAUUACAGACUUUGGGCUGUCUAAAAUUGAGGCUGAUGGCAUCAUGUCUACAGCUUGCGGAACCCCUGGCUAUGUUGCCCCUGAGAUCCUGGAGCAGAAGCCCUAUGGAAAAGCUGUGGACUCCUGGGCACUUGGUGUCAUCUCCUACAUCUUACUUUGUGGUUACCCUCCUUUCUAUGAUGAGAACGACUCUGAACUUUUCAACCAGAUCCUGAAAGCUGAAUAUGAGUUUGACUCCCCAUACUGGGAUGAUAUCUCUGAGUCAGCCAAAGAUUUCAUCCGACAUCUUCUAGAACGGGACCCCGAGAAACGAUUCACUUGUGAACAAGCUCUGCAACAUCCCUGGAUCUCUGGGGACACAGCUCUCGAGAAGGAUAUUCAUGGAUCUGUGUGUGAGCAGAUUCAGAAGAACUUUGCUCGCAGUCAGUGGAAGCGGGCAAUCAAUGCCACAUCCUUUUUGCGCCAUAUCACCAAGUUGGGACCUGGUGCAGAGGGUGAAGAAAUUGGAGAGGCAACGCCUGGAGGACAGCGUGGAAAAUGGUGACCCCCCAGAGGUGGGUUCACUGAAGAAAAAUAUUGUAUCUUUAACAUCAGCUUAGGUUUCUUUGGAUCCUGGUUUUUACUGAAUUGCUACCCAGCUUAGAUUGAGAAGACCAGUCGCUAUUUCCAGGGCUGCAGACCCAAGAGUUUGUUGAGCAGUGGAAAAAUGCUCAUGGGCAGGUUUUGGACGAUCACAAUUCAUAUGCCUCUCUUUACAAAACAAGUUUACUUCUGGUUAAUUUCAUCCAGGUUUCUGGGUUAACAUAACCUCCUGUUGUAUAUUCAAACCUCAUAGGCUUGUUUGUAGUGAUUGGCCAAUUAGCAGUUCAGGGUGUUGUGUGACCAUGUGACCUCUGUGGAUCCAUUGCCGUGGUAUGCCAGGGUUUGUUUUGCCAAGUUGCCGCAGUCAAUGUGAAUUGUGCAGGGUUUCCCUAGAUCAUUUUGCUGCCUUCCUCUGCAUUAGAUUUCUACCCUGGAAGAGGAAAAUGAGGCAGCAGUGCUGCUGGUGGCAAAUAGCCUGUCUUGUUGUAGCAGAAGUCCUAUAGGACCAAGGCAGAUUAUCUCACGUUCUCCAGAUGUUUUGAACAAGCCCCUGCCAUUGUUUCUGCCUCCUGGGGCUGUCAAGAACCGACAGAGGCGACAACAUCAGGAGGUCACUAGGUUUCUUCCUGGUAGAGAGAGUGGGCUGUGAAAAGAGUGCUGCAGAGAAUCUCAUAAAUAUACUUGAAAAUGUGUAACCGUGUCCAAAAACAGGUACAAAAGUCACACAAGUGCACAGUGCCAAACAGGUUCUGAGCUAUAAAGCAUAAACUCUGUGUAUUACACGAAUGAGUGGUUGUUUCCCUCACUUCAGCUGGUGCAGCUGAUGAACCAGAAAGUCUCAGC